ACACCUCUCUACUCCUCUCAAAUUCUAAACACCACAACAGAAAAAGAAACCCAAUUCCCAAACUUCGUUGUUUAAUUUCAGACCACCCCCUUGGUGUUGCUCAGUCCAAAUUCCAAAAUUGCCGAACUUUCCAUAAACUGUGGAAGAAAGCACCCCAUUAAAGCAAACAGCAAGUCCUUAUUCCUGGAGAUGACUACAUCUGGACGUGCAUCAACGUGAUUUGGUUCUUAGUACAUCAAUUGGGCUCAAUCGUAAAGAGGGACGGUGAGAUACAUAGAAAGAAUGGAGGAGUGUUCAACUGGGGCACUAGUCCCGGCAGUGAAAGUGGAACCAUUUUUAUCAAGCGUUGGGGGUUCAGUGGAUCCAUGCAGCAGUGACAUGGGUCGUCUGACAGAGGAGAAAGGAAUGUCAGAGGUGGACAAGGAUUUGCUGUGUCCAAUUUGUAUGCAGAUUGUAAAGGACGCAUUCCUCACAGCGUGCGGUCAUAGCUUCUGCUAUAUGUGCAUCAUCACUCACCUUAGCAAUAAGAGUGACUGCCCUUGCUGUGCUCAAUCCCUCUGCAAGAACCAAUUGUUCCCAAAUUUCUUACUGGACAAGCUUCUGAAGAAGACUUCGGCUCAACAAAUUUCAAAAAGCGCAUCCCCUGUGGAGCAUUUUCGUCAGGCAUUGCAGCAGGGCUGUGAAGUGUCCAUCAAGGAGCUUGACACCUUAUUGGCACUCCUUACAGAGAAGAAGAGGAAAAUGGAACAAGAAGAAGCCGAGAGAAAUAUGCAAAUAUUGCUCGACUUCUUGAAUUGCUUAAGGAAGCAGAAAGUUCAAGAGCUGAAUGAGGUACAAUCCCAUCUUCAAUUUCUUAAAGAAGACAUAAGUGUAGUUGAGAGACGCAGAAUGGACUUGUACCGUGCCAAGGAUAGGUACUCUGUCAGGCUACGGACGCUUGGAGGAGAUGAUUCUUCCAAUGGUGCAAGAAAUUCAUGGCCUUCCUCUAUAGACAACAAUUCCAGUGCUCUCAGAGUACGAGGAGGAACGUCCUCUUGGAAUAUUCAGGGACGAGGUUUGCAGAGGAAUGAUGCUUUAAGCGCAUCAGACUCCCAGUUUAUGAAUCAAUCGGGACUUGCUGUUGCCAGGAAAAAGCGGGUCCAUGCAUUGUUUGAUGAGCUACAAGAGUGUUACCUGCAAAAGCGACGUCAGAUGAACCAACCAUAUUCCCAGCUAGAACGGAACAGAUCUAUAAUACCCAGAGAAGGUUAUACUGCAGGUCUUGCCGAUUUCCAAUCAGUGCUUACUACAUUAACACGCUACAGUCGAAUGAGGGUCAUUGCUGAACUUAGGCAUGAGGAUCUAUUUCACUCGGCCAAUAUAGUAUCAAGCAUUGAAUUUGACCGUGAUUAUGAGUUGUUCGCCACUGCUGGAGUUUCAAAGUGCAUAAAAGUUUUUGACUUUUCCUCGGUUGUGAAUGAUCCAGCUGAUAUGCACACUGCCGUUGUGGAGAUGCCUACACGAUCAAAGCUGAGUUGCUUGAGCUGGAACAAGUUUACUAAAAACCAUAUAGCUAGUACUGAUUAUGAGGGAAUAGUAACUGUUUGGGAUGUAGAUACUCGGCAGAGUAUCAUGGAAUAUGAAGAGCAUGAGAAACGUGCUUGGAGUGUUGAUUUUUCAUGCACAGAACCCUCAAUGCUUGUAUCUGGAAGUGAUGAUUGUAAGGUAAAGGUUUGGUGCACAAGGCAGGAAGCUAGUGUUCUUAACAUUGACAUGAAAGCGAACAUAUGUUGCGUGAAGUAUAAUCCUGGAUCGAGCAACUGCAUUGCGGUUGGUUCAGCAGAUCAUCAUAUUCACUAUUAUGAUUUAAGAAAUGUGAGUCAACCACUGCAUGUGUUCACUGGGCACAGGAAAACUGUUUCGUAUGUGAAGUUCUUGUCGAACUAUGAGCUUGCCUCAGCAUCUACUGAUAGCACUUUGCGGUUAUGGAAUGUGAAGGAUAAUAUGCCAGUUCGAACUUUUAAAGGUCAUACAAAUGAGAAGAACUUCGUAGGUCUUACAGUUAACAACGAGUACAUCGCAUGUGGCAGCGAAACGAAUGAAGUGUUUGUGUAUCAUAAGGAAAUUUCUAAACCUGUGACUUGGCAUAGAUUUGGGUCACCUGAUAUGGAAGACACCGAAGAUGAUGCAGGGUCUUACUUCAUCAGUGCUGUAUGUUGGAAGAGUGAUAGCCCUACAAUGCUAACAGCUAAUAGUCAGGGAACCAUUAAGGUCCUGGUUCUUGCGGCUUAAACUAUUGAAUGCAAAUAAGAUGACCGAAACAGCUGUUGCUGUUGCUAUGUUAAAUUGUUUGUACAUAUUGUAGGCCGGUAACAAUGCUAGUAAUCCAAACAUCCAAUGCAACUGAAUGCUACAGAUUGCCUCACCUUCACAACUGUGUAGUAGAAUGGAAAUCAAACCUACUAAUCCAAAUAUCCAAUGCAACUUAACCCAAAGUGUUAUUUGGUAGACAGUAGACUCACCUUCACAACUGUGUUGCAGAAUGGAAUUCAAACAAUCCAUUGGUAGACUGUAGACAUAUCUAUGUGUCACAUUUGAGCGG